AUGAGACUAAUUCGACGUUCCUUUUUUCGUCAUUUGUUUUCUACAAUAUUGUUUUUCACAUCUAUUUGUCUAUUAUUACUCGCUUAUAAUUAUGUAAAUAAACAUAAUGAUCCAACUUUUGCAAUUCAUAAUGUUAACAAUCGAUGUUAUUUUAAACCAUCAACUAAUGAAUUCAUUUUUAAUUAUAAAACAAACUCAUCAAUUCAAAAUCAACCGGAUAGAACACGUGUAGAACCAACUAUUCAACGAAUACGUAAUCUCUUAGAAAUAAUUCGUUCAAAAGAAGAUAAAUAUCAAUCACUCUUAGAAAAUUUUGAUGUUUUUGAUAUGCUAAAUCCAGAUAGAUCAUUAAAACCAUAUUCAUUUCAAAGCAAUAUAGAUGAAAUCAAAUUCUUAUACAAUCGUUUUAUAAAACUAAUGCCAGAUAAAAAACAAUUUCAAAUUGAUCAAACAUUUAUUGAUUAUUUAAGAAACAUUUCCAAUUAUUUACUAGAUGGAUUAAGAAAUCAACGAACAAACACAUUUCAAGUUUCAUGUGUUCGUAAACCAGUGUUUGUUCUUGCUUGUGAUCAUGCUUUUUUUGAUGGACUUCAAGGUGCUAUUCAUACACUUGAUACUUAUUGGUCUGAUCAUAGAAUUAUUUUUUAUGAUUUGGGUAUUUCAAAUGAACAAGAAACACUACUUAGAAAAAAAUGUGCUCGAUGUACAAUUAUUAAGUUCCCAUUUGCAUCUAUUGAAAAAUAUGCAUCACAUAUUGGUGCAUUAAAAUAUUAUGGAUUCAAACCAUUCGUUAUCCAGGAUGCUUUACGUCGUUAUGGUACAAUUAUCUAUGGUGAUUCAUCUGUUCGUUUUAACUCUAAUUCAUUUAAUCCAGUUUUAAUUGAUAAUUACAUUCGUGGUUUUGCUGCUCGAGAAUUACCUGGUCAUUCUCUACCUUGUUAUACUCAUGUCGAUACAUUUACUUGGUUUAAUCAAUCAUAUACAAAUUUUGAGAAUAUUUAUAUAGCUGAAACUGGGUUUUUAGUUGUUACAGAUACAUUUUUAACACGUCUGAUUAUGAAAGCAUGGUUAACAUGUGCACUUGAAUCAGAUUGUUUAGUAUCAUAUGAAUCAGAAACAAAAUGUGGUAGAAUUUCUUCUGACAAACAUCGUUAUGAUCAAAGUGCAAUGGUUAUUAUUUUAACAUACUUUUUCUUUCAAGGCAAUAAAGGAACAUGGAGUGAUCAAACAAUUAAUGAUCCAGCUCCAUAU